AAUCAUCUUCACAUUUCUCUGAGUGGUGGGCAUCGGAAAGCCGGUUCCGAGAUUGGCCGGAAGCGGUUACCGCUAGCCAACCUCUCCACUCCACUUCAGCCUUUGAUCAUCAUCUCCAUCGUCAUCACACACCACUCUUGCUUGUCCAUUCCCGGAAUACUGAUCUAUCGUGGAACUGAAUAUGCUUUGGCAUCGACCUAUAUUCUACGACCGAUAUAUCAUACGCUGAAUGCGCAGACGGCUCCAUUCCCACAAGGAAACAUCAUAUACUCGAUCAUAUAUAGUGCAAUCUGUACCUUACCCGGGCACUUCCUCAAUGCAGAAUCUGGAACCACCAGUAGUCGAAUUAUACCCUAUAUCCUCAUGUUGAUGUCCUGCAUUCAGCUUUCUCGUGUUGCCUACAUUUCCAUCUAGGUACCCACUGGCACGGAACACGCGCUGCGCCCCAUCAUCGCGUCCUAUACGACUACUACCUUGCACGUCAGCUGGGUACCGACAAUGUCUGACUGCGCCGGCAGGACUCAUAAUGAUGACACACUUCCGACUCAGCUCGCCGCUCAACAAGUGGCGUUGAAUCAACACAAGGUUGCCAGUUUGCAGCUUGAACUUUUGGUCUUGUGAAUCCACAGACUAUUAUGCAUUCUACCAAGCGUUGACAGUUGCGGGACCACAAGUAUACUACGAUGCAGACUGCACAUCUUGAUACUCUAGUACCCAGAUGCAGGCUUAAACAGCCAGAGGGACCGUACUCCACUUAUGGCAAUGCUUGAGAGUAUGCGCGUGAUAACAUCCAAGAUCUGUGCAUGUGCACUUGGGGGCUGGCUGGUACCUGAGUAGGGGCUGUGCAGGGUUCAGCCUUCGAUACAUAUAUGUACAGACCAGUCGCUGCCACGUCAGAAGCGCAAAAACCUCCCACUUAAUUACCGUCGACUAUAUCUUCUCCAAGAAACACAAAGCAUACAGACACAAAACACGCCAUGCACGAAAUCCUCGAGGCUGUUGAGCCUGCCGAAUCCUGCGCACCCGCAGCACUCUCUAACACCAACACGGUCAUCCUCGAGAACGAGGAAUCGAAUCCCAUGUCUACAACACCUACAGCAUCUACAACGCCCAUAAUCACAUCCACACAAACACAAGACGAAUACAUGUAUCCGCCCUUCACCAUCAAUGACCUUAAGCGCGACCCAAAAGAACCCCUCUUCACCGAAAUCAACAUCCCACUCCCUUCUCUUCCCAAAAAAGGCCCAUCAACUUACGCACACUUGCGGACCCGCGCACACAGUCUACAAUCACUGAGACCAUUCCACCGCCGCGGAUCUUCCAGCGACUCGUCUACGAGCAAGAGCAGCGCAUCUAGAGUAGCACAGGAGCCGUCAUCAGUGAAGAGUCGGGAAGUGGCAGCGGCUAUGGAUCUUGGGAAGAGGCAUAGACGGAGCAGGACUAUCGAUGCAUUGGCUGUGGUUCCGGCUGUGUUGGUGUUGCGUGCUGAGCUUUUCACGCCCGUGUCGAAAAGCAGCAAGCUGAGUAGGGGAGAAGUCAAGUGGGAGGACGGCAUGAUUUGAAGAGAUGGAUGGCCUGUGAAGGGAUUUUGAACCAGCAUGUCCGGUUAGGAAUAGACAUGGCUGAUGUUGUGGGAGCCUCUAGAUGGAGUGCAUGUUGCGAUUGGAGGAAGCUUAGAGGAAAGCAUGUUCCCACACAAAACGCAUCAACACCCUUCAGGCAGCAUGCCAAAACAGUG